GCCGGUUCUUGACGGCACAUAACAUCAAGCGAGCCAAAAUCUCAUUUCUACCACUGGACUCGCCAGGCCAUUUUACAAACGUUUCCAAGCACUCAUAUUUGACAGACCAAGGUAGUUGAGAAUCGGAGGAGAGAUCGUUGGUUAAUGUUUGAUACGUUGAACCGGUCGAAUGUCAUCCGAGGAAUAAAGGUGAGCGGAGUGGGAAGGCUGUUUCAAGUAUAGCAGGGACACCAUAUGGUGAAUGCAAUUGCCCAUAAAUCACCCGACCGAUCCAUCUGUCCAGGCGUUAGGACGCCGGCAGCCCCCGCGACCAGCCACGUCCACCAUUUUGUACUUCUUCGCUUCAGGCAGAGGAACAUUGCUUAACCAUGAAUGGUCGGCUGAGACCCAACAGACUGCCCGGCGAGUUCGUCAAACAGUCAAAGAAUGGUUGUGUAACCCUGAGAUUGUCUGGGCAAGACGAGCAAGCUUCUUAUCCUGUUUGUGGUCCCGGUACAUUCAUCCAAGGGCGUGUAGAUGUUUACAAGACUGAAGGUGUUACCGGUGUAGAAGUCCAGAUCGAAGGUGUAUUGAAGCUGGAGCAAGUGGCUGGUAGUGGGACGACGACGUACAAGUUAUGCUCGUACAAAAACAUUCUCUGGGUGAAAGACCGGCUACGCAACUCACCUUGCCCAAAUUCCUUGCGUUUCAGUCUGUUGCUCCCCACGACUUUUUCAGAUGGCGAGAAAACGUUUCCACUACCCCCAAGCUAUGAAGCACACCUGUCGGGUCUUCCUGGUUUUCGUGCUUACAUCCACUACGCACUUACAGCACUAGUGGUAAAGCCUGAUGACGUGCCUAACAUAGUAAAGUCCGCUUUUCUACGGAAAGAUGACUGGGCCAUAGUCACACCUGUGCUAUAUCGUCCACGGUCCCGGCCCCCAUCCGCAAUACCGCCUCCAUUGGUGACUCACCCGCACCACGGCUUGAACGAGACAGUUCAAUGGAAGGUGACCACUUCUACGAUACUGGCUAAUCGAUUGCGGUCAAGACGUAACUGUGAAGGUCUACAUCUCCCUGCCACACGAGUAUUUUGCGUUCAACUCCCUAUCCCGUUCUACCUAAGUUUCCACGCAUCGUCUACUACUCUUGCUUCGUUCAGGCCAUUAGCACCCUUCACUUGCCCUUUCGUGCGAAAAAGGCAGAUUACACGGAUACAGCUAAUGCGACAGACGACGGUAGACAUCUGUAACGCCUUGAUGUUUGGCACGAAAUCGGACAUGUGGACAGUGGAUUGCAUCGGAGAAGCUGCCUUCAAGUACAUCGGAAAAGGCUCAGAUUGGUUGGCCUACUCAGGGGAGGUCUUCAUAGCCGACCAUAUAAUCCUUGGUGGGUUCAGAGCAGGAGGAUUCUCAGUGCGAGAUUGCCUGGUGCUCACGGUAACCCCGACUGACCUCACUAAGUCGCCUUUCAAGGAAAUGAGAACGGUUGUUCCUGUACAGUUUGCUACGGACCGGUGGAUUGGGGACGGUUCUGGUCUGACGCUUCAUGGCAACGGUCUAGAAAAAGUUUCGGAUGAACUCGACUUCGUAUCCGAACUACCUUGCCAGUGACCCGUCUAGCAACCCUGAACUUGUCACCACCUAUGGAAGAUACGUCCCAAUUGGAAGCAAAUCUCUCUGGUAGAUGUCGCGCAUUUGAGGGACAUUGUUUCCUGGAUGCAACAUUUUAGUACACAUCCAGCUUGAAGCACCUGUAAAUAUAUUCCAACUUUCAGCGGGGUACGCAUGAGGUCUUCGAAUCUCGCCAAUUGCGCAGGGUGUAGCCAAUGGAUGCUUUACAUGCACCACUGAAGCCCACCAGCGUCUUGGAGCAUCCUUCAAUAUCUAUGAUGUCAUGACACGUGAUGGAAACAUACUUAAAUCGACGCGCAGGUCGGUACUCCAUCAGCUUGAGCAGACUUCUUACUACCAUUUCGCCGUUGACUCUUUGAACGUUGUCUAUGAGUCUCCCGAACGUAGCACCC